GAAAGCACGGCCCCGCCGCCACCAGCGGGCUCCCCGUAACCCCCGGGCUGCCCGGUGCCCGUGGCACUGCCCUCCCGUGCCACCCGAGCGGGCGCCCUCGGCUCUUGGCCGGCACGGAGCAGCGGCGGGGAGAGCAGCCGGGCCUUGGCGGGGCUUUCCCAAAAAAGGCUCCAUCCAGGAGGCUGCAGGGACGCUAGCGGGGCUGUGCCGGCGCCACGGGUGACGACCCGCAGCCUGGGAGGAGCAGGCGAGCAGCAGAAGGGCCCCCGCAGCACGACCCCCCCACGUCCACCGUGUAUGAGGCUGGGACGCAGUACGCAGGACCCGCGUCCGCAGAGACACCCCUUCCGAUGUCCCGGCAUGAGACUUCUCCGACAACGGUGCAACCCGCCAGCAACCACCGCCCCAACGCCUGCUGCUUCUGCUGGUGCUGCUGCUGCAGUUGCUCGUGGAACGAGGACCGGGAGCGAGCAUGGAGGGCGUCUCGGGAGACCAAACUGGAGACCAUCCCAAACUGUGAAGCGUGCGCCAAACCCACGCCCGAGGAGGUGCGGGGCUGGGCACAGUCCUUCGACAAGCUGAUGAAGAGCCCGGCGGGCCGCAACGUCUUCCGGGAGUUCUUGCGGACUGAGUACAGCGAGGAGAACAUGCUCUUCUGGCUGGCGUGCGAGGAGCUCAAAACCGAGUGCAACAAACACACCAUCGACGAGAAGGCCAGGAUGAUCUACGAGGACUACAUCUCCAUCCUCUCGCCCAAGGAGGUGAGCCUGGACUCGCGGGUGCGGGAGGUGAUCAACCGCAAGAUGCAGGAGCCGUCCUCGCACACCUUCGACGACGCGCAGCUGCAGAUUUACACCCUGAUGCACAGAGACUCCUACCCUCGCUUCCUGAACUCUGCCAUAUACAAAUCGCUGCUCCAGAGCGUCUCCCGCUCCUCCUCCGAGUCCUAAAAGGGAGGGGGGACACACCUGCGGGGAAUGCGGCACCCCCGGGAGGGUUUGGGGACCCGCCAGCCUCCCGAAUCCUCCCCCCCCCUGAAUUUUUAGCUUUUUACCUACGAACCCUCAGGCCGGUUUCUGGGUCCCCCCCCAGGGCCACCCUCCAGGAUUAUCCUCCAUGGGGGGGGUCGUGGCACCGCAGCCGCCCCCUGGGGUGGCUCCGUACUACUGAACCCUGCCCCGGCCCCGUCGAGCUGGGGAAGCACCCGGGGCUCCCCCCCGCACCCCUCCUCGCCCCCCGUUUUGAAGAGGUCACUUUAUCCCCUCUCCGCCACCCCUGGGGACACAGCACAUCCCCGUUUCCCACCUGAGACCCAUUUGGGGACUGUUUUUUGGGGUUUUUCUUUAUGGGGGGGGAGGUGUUGGGAAGGGAAGGUCAAUUGUCGGUUGUUUUUUGUUUUGUUUUUUUUAAUCUUUUUAUUUUAAAUGCUUUUUUUUUUUUUCGUUGGCUUUUACGAGGAGGGCGGGGGGUUUCGUCUGGAGGGGCGGGAGGGGGGUUUGACAGACGUCUGUGUACAUAUAAAAACUUGUCAGGUUUA